CACAUUGAAGGAAGAAAACCAUGGAGUAAGUUGGCCACACUUACUUCUCUCCACAUUGAAGGAAGAAAACCAUGGAUUACGGCGACAUGGUGCCCGCUACUAUUAUGGGGAAAAUUGUAGGAGGCGUGUGUUCACUGAGCGGAGUUCUAGUUAUUGCACUUCCGGUUCCGGUUAUAGUUUCGAACUUUUCUCGUAUCUAUCAUCAAAAUCAGCGUGCGGAUAAACGUAAAGCACAGAAGAAAUCCAGGAUGGCACGUAUCCGCAUUGCCAAGGCUACCAGCGGGGCAGCUUUCGUCAGCAAGAAAAAGGCCACCGAAGCCAGACUCGCAGCCCAAACAAAAGAUGAUGAUGACGAUGAUGAUAUAUUUGAACUUCAACAUCACCAUCUUCUUCACUGCUUAGAGAAAACUACUGAUCGAGAGUUUGUGGAGGUAGAUGUAUCACAUGCUGUUCAGCCCAACCAAGAUUCCUCCACACCGCCCCUGUCGCCUUCUCUUACCCUCGCUUCCAGACGAAGCAGUCUCCUCCGGUCAUGUUGUGGGAGACGACACAGCCGCAAGAGAUAUCAG